AUGAUUUUAAUUGCAACAUACCUGUGUUAAAUCUAUUGUUGAUAGAUAUAUUGAUGUGGACUUUGAACUCAGACCUGUGGAUAACUUGUUUUAGAUAUAAGAAGAAUGUUCCUGUUCACAUUCAGCACAUCCUUCUGUAGAUGACACCAACUCAGACGUCUAGACAAGGAAGGAGAUAACAGGUUCAUGUAGAAGAAUGAGUGUUAGACAUAGUCUAAUAAGGCUGUGGCCGUCCUGUAGAGGGGCAAUAACUCUGACUAGACAACAUCUACAGAGACCAGCUCUACCAUGUACAGGCCCACAGCAAUCAGGAAUACAUUUCAGCAAUGGACAGAUGUUACCAGCAGUUUGUUUCAGAGUGUAUUGUUCAAACUCUGUUUCCUCUGAAAAGAAUAAAGAAAUAAAAGUUUUAGCUGAAGAAGUAGGUCAAAAGGUGAAGAUUACAUGGAAAAAUGGUACAGAAUCAAUGUUCCAUAGCAUUUGGUUGAGAAACAACUGUCAUUGUUCGGAAUGUAAGCAGGACCACUCAGGCCAGAAGCUCAUAGACGUAGGUCAAAUAAGAUAUGACACAACGGUCAAAAAAGUCACAGAUUCAGGUGAUGAUAAACUCAGAAUACUGUGGUCAGAUGAACACAGGGGAGAAGUACCUCUGGAUUUUCUUAUAGAGCAUGGCUACUCUGAUUUGACCAAUGAUUUUAGGCCUUCUUCCAUGGUUAGCAAGCCAAAAUCAUACCCUACACUGGACUUCUCUAAAGUCGUGUCUGGGCAACAAGGAGUUCUUCAGUGGUUGAGAGAUCUUAAUGAAUAUGGUGUCUGUUUAUUGAAGAACGUACCAUUAGAAGAGGGAAUGGUUUGCAAGGUAGCAGAAUUAAUUGCACCAGUGCAACAAACAAUCUAUGGAAUUCAGUUUGACGUGGUGAGUAAGCCCAGUCCUAUCAAUGUAGCAUACUCCUCAGUGGGCCUCGACUUCCACAUGGAUCUCAUCUACUACGAGUCGGCCCCAGGCUUACAGCUUCUACACUGCAUGAAGUUUGACGAAUGUGUUGAAGGAGGGCAGAGUAUUCUUCUAGAUCUCUUUUAUGUUGCUGAAGUUUUCAGAAAAUCAAACCCUGAUGAAUUCCAAACCCUGACACGAAUACCAACUACAUUUCAAAAAAUUCACUAUCAGAGGGACAAUCCAGUUCAUAUGGUGUAUCAGAAACCUAUUAUAUCACUCAACCACAGGGAAGAGAUUACCAGUAUUAGCUGGGCACCUGCAUUUGAAGGUCCCCUGUCUGUAAGACCAGGGGAUGUUGAACCAUAUUACAGAGCCUAUCAUAAAUUUGCAGAAGCAAUUAAAAAUUCAUCUGCAAAGCUAGAGUUCAAAAUGGUUCCUGGUGAUUUGCUCUCCUUUAAUAACAGAAGAGUUCUUCAUGGAAGAAAUGCAUUUACCUUGAAUGGGGGAGGGAGACAUUUACAGGGAUGUUAUGUAAACAUUGAUGAGUACAAGAGUAAAUUACAUGUACUGUCGCAUCUGUUGAAGGACAAGAGGAUGAUCAAACAAGUGGGAAAUCAGUGCUGCAUGACUGUCGGGGUUGGGGCACUGAAGAACAGCAGAGUCAAGGUGACUCAGACUGGAUUUGUUGUGUCGUAUGAACUGCAUCCUGCUGUAUGUGUCACAUGGACUGGAUUUGUUGUAUCUGUGUCACGGACUGGACUUGUUGUGUUGCAUCUGUCACAUGAACCAGAUUUGUUAGAGUGUGAAGACCUAGUGAAGAUGUCAGAGCCAGAUCUCACGUGUGAUACAUUCAUGGUCAAGAACCAUACCCAAAUUGACUUCACUAAUGGGGAAUACGGAGGCAUACCCUUUAAUUUAAUCAUCAAUUCUGUUGGAUGGUUGCUACUCAUCUUGUUGUUCACGGUAUUGAGGAAGGUGGCCUGGGACUAUGGAAGAAUUGCUCUUGUCAGCAGAACAGAGGAAAAUGAAAAUUUGACAAGCAACAGCCAAUACAAUGUGUGGACCUCCCUGUUUUAUGGUGACCAUGACGAUGAUGACAAAAACAAAAUCCAGGGGUCAGUGGAGUCCUUGGAUGCUCACUUACAUAAACAUGACAGUAAUAUGUGCUCCUGGAUCCCAGCAUAUUUCAGAGUCAAAGAUUCAGACAUCUUGAAGAAAAGUGGGCAGGAUGCCAUUCAGUAUUUGUCCUUCCAGCGAUACCUGAUUAUUUACACCACCAUAGUGAUGGUGCUCUCUGUUGUCAUCAUUGUCCCGGUCAACUUCUCUGGAAACAACAUUGGAAAUGAAACAGAUUUUGGGCAUACAACCAUUGGGAAUUUGGACCCAGAUUCUCCCUUGCUAUGGGUCCACGCUGUCCUAGCUGUGGCCUUCCUGAUUUUAUUGGUCGGUCUGAUGCGACAUUUCCGAGUGAACCUUCAAUAUCAGGAAGAUGAACAGGUGUCAAGGACGCUGAUGAUCUCAGGGAUUCCUACAAACCAGUGUUACAAAAACCAGAUCACUCAGCAUUUUGAGGAAGCAUAUCCAGAGGCAAGCGUGGUUGAUGUUCAGUUUGCAUACAACAUCGCAGAACUAGUGAAACUGGAUGAAAAUAGGAGGGUAGCAGAGGAGGCUUUAAAAAAUUCUAAGAUUGAAUAUGAGAAAACGGGAAUUCGUCCCACUAUGACGCCAGUCACAUGUGGACAAUGUUGCUGCUGCUGUGCUGCCUGUGGGUGCAAAGAGGUUGAUGCCAUUGAGCAUUACGAGUCAGUGGCCAAAAAAUACCGGGAGAAGUGUGAGAAAGAGAAAGUGACCGCGUAUCAGGACCCAGCAGGAAUAGCCUUUGUCACCUUCUACACUGACCUUAUGGCUGCAAGGGUGAGGAGUGAUUUUGAGGAUACAUGUAAAGGCAGCAGUAACCCUCAGAACUCCUCUCUCAAUCAAAAGUUGGGGGUAUGGAACUGGAGUGUGCACUAUGCCCCCUCCCCAGAAAAUAUUUACUGGGAAAACAUUUCCAAGUCCAAAUGGAAGUGGUGGAUGACAGCGAUCAUUGUCAAUGUCAUCCUAGUCGUCAUUCUCUUCUUCUUCACUACACCUCUAAUCAUCAUCAACACCCUCAAUCAACUGGAGUAUCUAAAACCUUUAGAAGAACAUAGUCCGCUGUUGAUUCAGUUCUUGCCCACCUUGUUGCUGUGGACGUUCUCAGCGUUACUGCCCAAUGUGGUAUACUACUCAGACUCAACAUUUAUAGGACACUGGACAAGAACUGCUGAGCACCAUGCUAUAAUGGUCAAAUCCUUUAUAUUCCUGAUUCUUAUGGUUCUCAUUCUGCCCUCAUUAGGACUAACGAGUACCAAGGCCUUGAUUCAGUGGUUUGUCCUGGAUAGAGACUCAAAUUUUCGUUGGAAAUGUAUAUUUUUAGCAGGACAUGGGGCUUUUUUUGUUAACUAUGUGAUAACCGCAGCUUUUAUUGGGACAGCUUUAGAAUUAAUUCGAUUUUCUGAGCUCUUCAUGUAUGGCCUCAAGUUGUUACUGGCUCACUCCGCCGCUGAGAAAACAGCAGUCAGAAAGUCUGUGCUAUGGGAGUUCCAGUAUGGUAUACAGUAUGCCUGGAUGUUGUGUGUGUUUGCUGUCCUUAUGGCCUACAGUCUUUUAUGUCCACUGGUGGUUCCUUUUGGUUGGGUGUACAUGAUUCUAAAGCAUGCUGUAGAUAGGUAUAAUAUCUACUUUGCCUACAAGCCAUCAAAGAUAAACAAGAACAUUCAUCAUACGGCCAUCAACUUUGUCAUCAUUGCCACCAUUCUUCUACAGUUCAAUGUUGUCUUCUUCACUGCUCUCAGAUCAGAGGCUGUAAACCCAGUGUUUGUUUUCUCCUCCGUGGCCCUCUUUUUCUCCAUUGUUAUGUUUGUGGGUCGCGCCUUCUUUGGAUGGUUUAAGAAUCUGUCCUCAGCCACCAGAAAAUAUAUGAAAGAUCAACCUAAGGAAUCGAAUGAUAGGUCACAAAAUCCCCCCUCGGUUGAUUCUCCAGAUCACUUUGUGGAACAAGAGCAAGGAGCCAGUACACCAGAUUCUACAGAUAAGCCUUUUGUUGCUGGAGUUCUAUUGGAUAAUAAUGCCCCGCCUUCAGAGAAUGGUGCUAGCCGAUUGGCUGCUUCCUAUGGAACUAUGUCAGGCACUACACCAGUAAACCAGGAAAAUGAAGAAGUGGACACUAAUGAUGUCCAUUAUGUCCAGUAGUGGUCAUUUUACACCUACGAAUCAAUGUCUUCAAAUUAUAGAACUCCAAGAGAUGUAUAAAAACAUAGAUUUACUACUUCCAACAACCUACAUUAAAUAUAGAUAUUUUUUUUUUUCAAAAAUUACCUUACAGGAAUUUACAUGAUAUUAAUGAGGCAUAAUUUUAAAAUGGCAAGUUUAGAACAUACUUAAGUAAAUACAUGUAAUAGUAUGUAAGCAAACUUAACCUUAAAGAAAUAACAGUACAUAUACAUGAACUAGUACUAGAAAGUCAUUUUGAUAUGUAAAUUACACAGGCAGUUCCAUUGGUAUUUUAAACAGCUCAAUGCCAAAAUUUAAGCUCAAAAAUGAACUGUCUGGAGUCAAGUAUACAUAUAUGAGAAAAAAAUAUUGUUGUUAUGAAAUGUGUUGCAAAUUUAACAUGUUUAAUGUGUAUAUUUUUUAAUUGGAUUUUGAAAAAAAUGCAUGGAGUAAAUACAUCAAAUAUGUAUCGAUCUAGUUUCUUUUUUUGAUUUUUUUUUUAAUUAGGUAGAUUUUACAGAUCACACUGUCUGUAACUUUUUUGCAUAAUACCAUAUAUAUAUACAUAAUAUUUACUCUGUGGCUUAUACCCAGCUGUUUAGGAUUUGUCACAAAAAUCAAAACCCAAAAUUAUUGGGGGGUUUUUCCCAAUUUUAUUUUUUUUUAUGCCUCACAGUUGUUGUGUAGUAAUUUUACCUGUAAUCUAUAGAUCUACUUGUAGACAGAUUGUAAAAUAAUGUUUCUGUUGCUUUGUAAAUUGUGAUUAUUAUACAGUUUUACAGUAGCAUGAAAUUAAAAAUUAUCCAAAAAUGGAUUUUUAAAAAAAUGAUUGAAAGGGGAAAUAAAUGCAUUAUUUGAAGCUUUUCACUGAAGAUUUUUGCCAGAUGACGUAGUUUUGAUAGUAGACUAGCUCCAUUUUUUAGUUGAGAAAAUGGGAAGUCAAUACAUUGCAAUGUUGGUAUGUAAAUUUGUUUCAGGGUAGUACACUUAAUAUUUCAAUUUAAAUAUUAUUACCAGAUGUUGAAGAUGGGGAUACACAUUUCAAUUUCUUCCAUUUGUGUAUUUAUAUUUUUUUUUCAUUUGGGCUACUUAGCAAAACAUAAAAUGUGUUGUUUUCACUAUGUACUAUUUGCUGGCAUUUUCUGUGGUAGUAUUUCGCAUUUGACUGACAUUUGAAGAAAUGCCUAAGUAUAUUCAUUGUAAUUUAUUACAUAUACAUGUAUAUGUGUGUAUACCCAAGGUGUGGUUAAUGUGAUGCAGAGUAAUAUUAUAUCAACAUUAUGUAUGAUGUAUAAUGCCUUUAUUAAACAAAAACAAAUAUUAAGAUAUGAAGGCUGUAAUUUAAUUUUAAGUACCUGUAUACGUUACUUUAUAUGUACAGUGUGGUUAUUGUAUGAAUAUCUCUUUUAUUUAUUUAUUUAUUUUUUUCCAAAUUAUUCAAAAUCACAGAUAAUUUCAGAAUUCAAUUCACUUGAAGCAUAAGUAGACAUUGAACAUGUUUCUUAUGUUGUUUGCAAUAGGCCAAACAGUUAGGUUUUAUAUAGGUAAUUUUUUUUUUAGAUUUCAUUUUAAUUAAUCUUGUAUUGAAGUAACAAAACUUCACUGAAAGCAAGGCUCUUGAGGCAAUAAGUAGGUGUCCAUAGAUUAAUAUAAAUGAAAGAUGGCUUGGGUGCACAUUGUAAACCAUGUCUCUCAUACAAUGUCAGAGCUGCUACUUUUACAAUAUGUCAGAGCUGCUACUAUAGCAUUUUAAAAUGGUAAUUUUUUUUUCUGAGACUUGUGCAAUAUACAUGUACAUUACUGGUACAUGUGUUUACUUAUUUUUUGUUGAAUUAUCAGAGUUUAUUUCAUGUUGUAUAAAUGUCCUACCCUGUUGCUGACAAAUAAAUCUGUCUUUGUCCAGUGCAUUA